AUGCUAUUUCUAAUCCUGACAACUCUUCUCUUCAUCUGGACUUUCUAUGAUUUGUAUUGGAAGCGACGAAACUUUCCGCCAGGCCCAACUCCACUUCCUCUCUUCGGCAAUCUGCUCGAAGUCUACUACAAUUGUCCCGGCUACGAGGCAUUUCGAAAAUGGAAUAAACAAUAUGGAUCAAUCUACACUUAUUGGAUCAGCACUCUUCCCGUUGUGUCCAUCAGCGACUAUGAAACGCUCAAAGAAACGAUGAUCAAAGAUGGAGAAAAAUACGCGGGAAGAUGGUUUUUUGCUGACUUUGUGAAAGAUUUCAAAGGUGGAGAAUAUGGUAUAGUGAACUCGGAAGGUGAUUUGUGGAGAGAUCAAAGAAGAUUAACAUUGCAUACUCUACGCGACUUUGGAAUGGGCAAAAAUAUUAUGGAAGAAAGGGUAAUGGUCGAGGUGGAUUUCUUGUUGGAGCGAAUGGCCGCACAAAAGGACAUCAGUGUUCAGAACGAAAUGGACAUCGCCGUCGGGUCGGUGAUCAAUGGCAUUCUCUUCGGAUAUCGAUUUGAUGAGUCUUCCGAAGACUUCGUGGAAAGCUAUUUGAAAGAAUGGGAACGACGAAAGGGAACGCGGCAAGAGGAGUAUUUCUUUGAGCGCCAGCUUGAGGCUCUCGUUUUUGAUGUUUGGUCAGCUGGAAUGGAGACCACGUCAAACACUCUCACCUGGGCCAUUGUUUACAUUUUGAAUCACCCAGAAGUCCAACAGAAAAUCCAUGAAGAGUUGGAUCGAGUGAUCCAAUCAGAUAGAAAGAUUACAAUGGCUGAUAAAAACUCGUUGACUUAUGUGAAUGCUGUUGUUAGUGAAGUUCAACGACUCGCGAAUCUUCUCCCGCAAAAUCUCUUCCGACAAACGACCGAAGAGGUGACGCUGAAUGGAUACAAAAUCCCGGCUGGAACCAUUAUCGUUCCACAAAUCAGCUGUGUGUUGUAUGAUGAAAAGGUCUUCCCCGAACCAUACAAAUUCAAACCGGAACGUUUCUUGAACAAAGACGGAUCAUUGAAAGUUUUCCCUGAAUUGGUGCCAUUCUCCGUAGGGAAACGGCAAUGUCCAGGCGAGGGAUUGGCACGAGUCGAACUGUAUCUCUUUGUUGCCAACAUUUUUCAGAAGUUCAGGCUGUCCGCUAAAAAGCUUCCAUCAAUCGAAAAAUCAAUGUCGGUCGUCGUAAUCGCUAAACCGUUCACCUGUCAAGCCGAGGAACGACAUCAA